AUGGAGGCCUUUUCUCUGUAUUUCCUCACCAUUGUAGUCGUCUUGGUUUCCUUCAUUUUUCUUGGCUUUCUAAGUCAACGUUUCAAAUCUAAGACAUCCAUACUUCCAACAGGCACAUUUGGAUUGCCAGUUGUUGGAGAGACACUUCACUUUUUCUCGAGUGGCCCAGAAAAAUUUAUUCAUCAGAGGAUGGAAAAAUACUCGGCAGAAGUAUUUGCGACCUCAUUGUUUGGGAAGAAAGUGGCUGUAGUUUGUGGUGCAGCUGGGAACAAGUUUUUACUUUACACUGCAAACGACCAGCUUGCUCCUUGGCUUCCUUCUGCAGCGUCCAAGUUAAUGGAUUUGGUAGAUUCUCCUGGACAAUCUGUCAGGCAAGUAAUUUCAAAAUGUCGAACUUUUCUUCAUAAUGAAAUCCUGAAUCCGAAAACUUUGAGACAGUACAUAACCAUAAUGGAUGCCCUGGCAAGGGAACAUAUCAAGACAGAAUGGGAUCCUUCCAAAGUGAUACAGGUUUAUCCUCUUUGCCAGAAGUAUGCACUUUCGUUGUCAUGCAGAUUGCUCCUUGGCCUUGAAGAUGCUUGCCAGAUUCAAAGAAUAUCUGAUUCUUUCUGGAUCAUAAUGCAAGGGUUGUUUUCAAUGCCCAUCAAUAUGCCUGGCACCAGAUAUAAUCAUGCUUUGAAAGAGGUCAAAAGGGUUAAGCAUCAAUUCUUGAACAUCAUCGCCAAGAAGAGAGACAUGGUUUUUCAGGAUACAGGAAGUGCUGGUUCCGACGUAUUGUCUCGCAUUCUGCUCGAGGGAAACGCCUAUUCCAUGUCCGAUUCAGAGAUUGGUGCCUAUCUUUUAACUUUAAUGCUUCCCAGCUAUGAAGGAAUAAGUGCAACAAUCACAUUUGCCUUAAACCAUCUGGCUGAGCUUCCCCAUAUUUAUGAGGCGGUUUACAAAGGUACGUUUUAA